AUGAACGACCCAGCGCCUAAUGUCGCCAACGUAGAUCUUGGUGACCUUGGCGAUGCACCGACAUCCCCAGGUACAUCAGAUACACCAGAUACACCAGAUCAAACCGCGAUCACCAUGAAGCCUCGGGCCGAAAAGCCCAAGGCAGCUACUGUGAAGCCGAACAUGCAAUCGCGCAGUCGCAGUUACAUGAACGGUCCAUUGUAUAUGCAAACGAGUAACAAUAAGAUCUUGAUUCGGAGAGUCAAAAGGAAAGAUGAUGGUGCUUUGAAGAGCUUAGCACGUUGGUUUCUUAACAAUCAAACGGGAUUCUCAUUCAACCUCAUCACUUUGAUAUUCCUCGCCCACAUAUGCUUACCUAAAGCGCGCCCUCAUACCUCGAAGUUCUUCACUUUGUCGUACUACAAUUCGGAAUCGGGAAAAUACGCGAUCGGAUCAAAUGACUACUAUUUCAUCUCAUUCUUCAUUCUCCUCUUUACCGGACUCCGCGCCGGCUUCAUGGAGCAUUUAUUGGCGCCAUUUGCAAGGAAAUGGGGAGUUUCUAAGAGAAAGGAAAUAACUAGGUUCUCGGAGCAAGCUUGGAUGCUGAUAUACUACAGCUUUUUCUGGACCCUUGGCUUGUAUUUAUACGUUCAGUCUCCUUUCUUUCUAAACAUGAAGGAGCUGUGGACGGGUUGGCCAAAUAGAGAACUUGAUGGGCUCAUGAAGGCAUACCUUCUAGCUCAGUGGGCUUUCUGGUUACAGCAACUUCUCGUUAUCCACAUCGAGGAGCGCAGAAAAGAUCACUGGCAGAUGCUUAUCCAUCAUUUCAUCACCAUCACUCUCAUUUCUGCGUCUUAUUGCUACCACCUUACCAGGGUCGGCAACCUGAUCCUUGUUCUCAUGGAUGUAGUUGACAUAUUUUUGCCACUUGCAAAGUGUCUGAAGUACUUAGGCUUCACACGAUUAUGCGAUGCCGCAUUUGGUGUGUUUAUGGUAUCAUGGUUCGUCGCUCGACAUGUAUUUUACCUCAUGACAUGCUAUAGCAUUUACAAGGACGUGCCCGAAAUGCUGCCUAACGCUUGCUUCAAGGGCACUAACGCCAAUUUGACUGGGCCUUUCCCUAUUCCUGACGGAUGGGGUCAUUAUCUUGAACCUUUCAGCGAUUUCGAAGGAACAAUCUGUUUCUCGAGUUCUGUACAAUGGGGAUUCUUGUAUUGCUUACUUGGUCUCCAAGUCAUCACCAUAUUCUGGUUCUUCAUGAUCAUUCGAGUUGCUAUUCGCGUACUGAAGGGUGAUGGUGCUGACGACACUCGAAGUGAUGACGAAGGGGAGGAGGAAGAGGAAGAAUUCGAGUACGAGGAAGCACAGCCGCUAGAGGAAGAAGUGGGCGUUGAGGCUAUUGAUUUGAAGGGGUGGGAGCGCCGGACAGGCGUUAAAAGGGCCGCAAGUUCUUCUGGCGUUAGCUUACCCGGUCACAGCGAUCGUAAGGAGUUGCUCGGUCGCAUCGGUUGCGAAAAGCAGGUUGAUUGAUCAGUUACGGUACGUGACUUUGGUAACUGAUAGGCCCCGUCGUGGUAGCUGCUGGAAUUUCAUGCGCACUGUUAGAAGAAGGGCCGUUGAGGGUGUCGGAUACUCGGGUAGUCACGGAACAAAAUUUGGCGUAGCGAUCUCAUUUCUGUGUUGUUCAUAUGAUGGGUUGAUCUGGGGGUGGCAUCCGUGUGCGCUAUCAUACGGCGCUGGCGAGGGCGGGGGAAUCAUUUACUCUGACUCGGUACCUACCAGGUAUCUAUAUACCUUACAUAGACUUGGAAUUCAGUAAUCAUACCCCUUUCUAUGAUAG